UUAAAACGAUCGCUGCCUGAAAGACAACUUCAAAUAACUUCAAACUUUUUCAUCUGAACACCUUGAAUGGCAUUUUCAGGGAAUUUUCCAAGAAUUUACGCGAGACUGCGUUGAUGCAGACAGCGGGCAUCCCCAAAAGAGUUGGAGCAGACGGCUGACUUUGUGGUAAGUGGAAUAAAGAAACAUUAUAAGGAGUGAGAUCGUUAAUGUAGAUGUUUGGAACGCUGCUUUGGCCGUUCAUCCUCUAUCUGGUAGCCAGCUCUUCCAUUCUGGAUCAUAUUUUCCUGUGGCUGUGUCGUUUGAUGCCGGGAGGGAGAAAAUUUGUCACCGUCAAGGCGAGUUGCCCGUCGAGCAUACGAAGUCUUCAGAGCGCUGUACGAGGUUAUCGAAACGGAUCGCCCCCAUCUUCCAGUGGAAUACAUUCGAUCUCUUCAUUGUUAACGAUCCCUCCACUCUACCACUAUCCUCAUCCUAACUUGCCUGUGUUUACCUCAAUGGGUUUCGAGGUUUUAUUUUUUUGCUAUCUUGUCAGCGCGCUUAUACUUCAACAUGUCAACAUCUACAAAACGAACAUUCACAUGGUUGACAUCCACCUUAUGUGGUUCAUUGCCAUUUUCCUGAGUCGCAGAGUGGCAUGGAAUGUACUUGGACAGACACUAGCCUCAGAAGUUCUAUACACUGUCAAAUAUUUUGCUAAUGUCUUCCUGAAGGGCGUGGCACUUCUAUCGCUUGGAUCAGGCUUUGUAUGGUUGUCAUGGAGAAUUAUUCAGCAAAACAGUAUUCAGAAUUGCCUUUUUCUUUGUUACCCGUCAAUAAUGUACAUAUUUACCUUUGGCUUCACCCUGGAACCCCAGGGAAGUAAAGUAAUGCUUAAAAUAAGCCCACACCAAGAGCUAGGCCCUUUAUCACAGCUACAGCUACUACAGAGCAGCCUGCUGGAUGCAAAAAGUGUAAUGGUGAACGGAAAUUCUAAACAGGAACUACCAGCUCCUCAACCGUGUUCACUGCCACCGGAUGCAGUGCGAUAUGAGACAGAAUGCCUGAGAACCGAUUUUAAUCUUCGAAUCAAACAGGUUCUCUUUCAGUCACUCGUGUGCGCUUAUUAUGUUGGAUUUAUUCCCAUGAAGUUCUCAGAGCAACAUUAUGUGUAUUACGACAUGUGGUGGGCCUGUCAACACACGCUUUUCGUUUGGCUGAGCUCUCUUCUAAUGUUAAUGAUGUUCACGUUACCGCUGAACUAUUGCGACGCCUUACAUAAGUGUGCACUGCAUCUUGGGGGAUGGGAGAGAUAUCCCUGCGGUCACCGCGAUACUCCACAUGUAUGGUCAGCAUUAACAGUAUGGCCUCAGGGGGUCCUGGUACGGCAUGGUAAACUCUUAUACAGAGCACUUGGUAUUCAGAAUGUUGCAAUCCCAGGGGACGCGCAUCAUGGGAGAUUUUUCUUCAUGUUCGAAUCUCCUUUGCGACUCAUCAACUGGAUGGCAGCAGUUCUGUUGUUACUCGUCUUAUACCAGCUGUUUAUGAUAACAAGGUCCCACUCUUGGCACCAACUUCUUUCAGUCACAGGCCUCCUGACGUUUAAUUACCUGAUUCUCUACAGGCUCUUCCGGGAUCGCUGGGCACUUCAGGCGGUGGUGCGAGAGAGGACGGGAACUUAAGCCCCUAACUAUAGACCCACUCUUUUGUUCAGUAUAAAGUGCGAGAAUGCGAGUAGUUACAACUUGUUAGACAAAGUGCAGGGGAACAUGAAGAUUUUAUACCACCAGUCGUAUAAACUUCUAUAGUUGUGAGCAAUUCAAGUUUAAUCAGUUAUUUUCCAUCGAUAUGGGUUAUUUUGACUCGGCAAUUCACCUCUAGAACUCGGUCUCUUCUUCUACUUAAAAGGGUCGCCAUUUUGGUGUAGGUCCUUCUCUUAAGGAAAACGAAGUAUCUUGGCACUGGAUAUGUGGGGACGAGUGAGGAGUCGGGCUAGCGACGGUAAGGAAUCAGCGGGACUAAGGAGAAUGACCCCCUCGUCACUUAUUCCCAGGACCCCGCCGUUUUUAGCUCGGCCGGCUUCAAGCGGCUCAGAAUGAAGUGAGUGAGACACUUUGCAAUAUACACUUAAAGACUUUUUUUCGCUAAUAGUAUUGGUUAUGAAGUCGAACCAAACGCGGGACAGGACUCUUUAUAGUUUGCAGUAGUUCCUUACACGUAAUCUUUAGAUACCGAUUCCAAAGUUAUUUAUUAUAAUUUAUUUUCCGCAAUCAAGUAGGAGUAACAAAGGUUUUUGUAAGAAAAUAAUGCCUAUCAUUCCAAAAGGCGUUGCUUAUCUUGAGAACCUGGUUCUUUAACAACCCUCCGUGAAAAAUAGCUUUACAAAAAGAUGGUAGAGGAAGUUGCAAAAGAUCCUAGUUUUGUGAACUUUGGUACUCGCGAUAGACAAUAGACGCAGAGUCGUUUUUGAAAUCGCACUCGCCAUGCCAGCGACCUGCUUGCCAAAUGUUUUGUAACUGAUCGCAUUUCCGCACUUUAUUUCGUCGAAGUAAAUGUAGGACAAGGUCUAUUUUAAUCAGUGACUGGUAAUUUAUAGAAUAAAAAUGCUUUAAAGGUGCUUGAGGUA